AUGUCGAAGCUUAUAGACUAUGCGGAAGUGCAGAAACACACCUCCAAGGACUCGUGCUGGGUCAUCCUCUACGGCAACGUGUGGGAUGUAACAGACUUCCUGCCCUCCCACCCCGGCGGCGCCCAGAUCAUCCUCAAACUCGCCGGCAAGGACGCGACCGAAGAAUACGACCCCAUCCACCCGCCCGGCACCCUGGAGGAGAACCUCCCCAAGUCUGCCCGCCUGGGUCCCAUCGAUCCCAAAAGCCUGCCGGAACCGGUCAAGCCGGCGAAAGAUGUUGGACCAGCGCCCGACACACAGGCCGAAGUCGAGAUGCCGCUGCAGGCCAUGUUGAACCUCGACGAGAUCGAGGCUGCGGCCACCAAGAAGAUGACGCGCAAGGGCUGGGCCUAUUACUACUCCGCCGCCGACGACCUGGUCAGCAAGCAGCUCAACAACACGGUCUACCGCCAGAUCCUGCUCCGGCCACGCGUGUUCGUGAACUGUCAAGACUGCGACCUCCGCACCAGUUUUCUUGGGUACAAUCUCGAUCUCCCCAUCUUUGUUUCACCCGCCGCCAUGGCUCGACUGGCACACCCGGACGGCGAAUGGGGCAUCGCCCAGGCGUGCAAGAAAUUCGGCGCCAUGCAGAUGAUCUCCAACAAUGCGAGCAUGACCCCCGAGCAGAUUGUGAAGGAUGCAGGCCCGGAUCAGGUGUUUGGAUGGCAGUUGUACAUACAGACGGAGCGGAAAAAGAGUGCCGACAUGUUGGCCCGAAUUAACAGGCUGGAUGCGAUCAAGUUUGUGUGUCUCACACUCGACGCACCAGUCCCAGGGAAGCGAGAGGAUGAUGAACGCGGAAAGUUUAUCGUCGAGGACACGAGCCAAGCCAUCAAGGACGCUGGAGGUGCCGAGCUGAAGGGCGGCGGUGGCAUCGGACAGAGUCUGUUCUUCGGCACGGACCCGACUUUGACCUGGACAGAGACGCUCCCGUGGCUGAAGAAGCACACCACCAAGCCCAUCAUUCUCAAGGGCUUGCAGUGCCACGAAGACGCAUACCUUGCGGCACAACAUGCGCCCCAGGUCAGGGGAAUCAUCUUGUCGAAUCAUGGUGGCAGGGCGGCAGAUACAGCCCCGCCGGCCGUGCACACUCUGCUGGAGAUCAGGAAAUACUGUCCCGAGGUGUUUAGCAAGAUCGACGUCGUCGUGGAUGGUGGCAUCAAGAGAGGAACGGAUGUGGUAAAGGCAUUGGCACUGGGCGCAAAAGCCGUGGGUAUUGGUCGCGGUGCGCUCUUUGGUCUAGGUGCCGGCGGCAUUGAAGGCGUUGAGAGAGUGCUGGAGAUCCUCAGGGAUGAGACUGCCACGGCGGCGCGCUUGUUGGGUGUUGCCAAGGUGACUGAUCUGGGUCCGCUGCACAUCAACACCAGAGCUGUAGAGAGGGAUAUUUAUGACGGUCCCGCUAAUCUGCCUGGUCUGGAGGGCACUAUGAAGGGACUCUGGACGAGGGCGAAGCUGUGA